AUGGCCCAGGUUGAACGACUGUGGGCCAUCUACGAAGAGCUUGUCGAUUCGACCUGCAAAAAUCAACAGACAACUUCAGAGGAUGCUAUCUGUCUGAAGAAUCGGCUUCAAGAGGUUGCCAAAGUUGUCAAGGCUAAAACCAAGGGAAGUCUACGUGUUGACUUUUCCGCAAGUACGGGUUCAUCACCCAAGGUGGAGGCUGAUGUCUUCUUGGAAGGAGAAGAUAAUGAUACCACACCUGAGGCACGCCGACUUCCUCACGAGUCACUCAGUCUUUACCGUCGCAAGACAUACGGCAAUGGCAUUGGUCAAGAUGGCAUCUUGCUUGAUGCCGAAUCAGAACCAGGAUAUACCGGCGCCAUUCCGGGGACAGUGACAGCCAAAGGCUUUGGAGUCGAAUGCUGGGAGGCCGAGUAUCUUUCCAACGGGAAAAUCGAAGAACCUCGGAAAGCUGAAAAGACAAAAUUCAAAUGCAUCGAGGAGAAGAAGAUCCUGAGACGGAUCGACGAGAUGAGGAGAGGGACACGGCUUCAUGAAAGAAGCGAGGAUCAGAGAAAGGCAGACUUGGAAGAGUUUACGGUUGCUGCGUGCAAAUCAAAACCUGAGGAGAAUCAAGAAGCAACCCCAUCUCCAGGUUCCCUUUGCAACUUACUCAACCGUACCGACAUAUUCACCGACUUCACAACCAAGUCCUCUAUUUCAUCUGAGUGGGCAAGUCUCAAGAACGCAGACCAUGGCAAAUGGCAUUUGCUAUGGCAAAUCAUCCUUGCCAGAGAACUCGCACUCGACCUGGAAAACCCCCCUGAAUUUCCAACUUCUGAGCUAUCCCCUUCCGUGCUUGCCGCUCUCAUCAUCCAAGAUCAAUGGCUCAAGAACGUUGAAGUCGUGAUGGAAGAGAUGCCUCUUAACCUUUCAGGGUUGAGGAAACUAGCUGCCACCGGGGAGGUGAAGGCUCGGGCAGAGGAUCACAAAGAACAAGGCGACAGGGCGGUUGAAGAGAAGCAAUGGAAGAUUGCCAAGGAGUUCUACACAAAGGCCAUCGAGCUGGACUUGAGUUCGGCCACAUACCGUGCUGCUCGACCUGUUGCGGACCUGCAGCUUGGCAACUGGGCAAAUGCAGCCCAAGACGCUCUCGUUGCUACGAAGCUGGAUCCCAAAAAUGUUCACGCGUGGAAUAUGCUGGCCGCCGCCUGGAAGAAAGGUGGAAACGACGUGAGGACACUCGCAGCUUAUGAACAUGCCGUUAAACUUGUUGGUUCCAAGGCCACCGAUCAGAUGAAACGGGACCUUACUGAGACGAAAGCAAGAAUUGAAGAGCUGAGUAGCCCGCAGCCUGGGCAGGAUCAGGUUUCUAGGGACAAGGCUCUCAAAGCUUUGGGCGACCAGCAGUGGGACACCUUUCUUCAUCCAACUCGGCUUCAGUCUCACUGCCAUGAAGCACAAGUGGAAGGCUUGAUUUGCUUUGCUCAACACAUCAAGUGGCCAUAUCUGGACGAGCUACGCGCCAACGCGAAGGAUGCCUGGAAAAAGACGACGACCGGCGCUAUAGUCUCGUGUCUGAUGCAGGACUGGUUGCUCGGCCUCACACUACCUGGGAAGUCGGUGGCAUUGAAACUCAUGUCAUGCCUUAUCGAAAUGUCACCCUCCGUCUCCAAAAUCCGCCUCACAGAGUCUUAUCAACAUGGCCUGUCUCUUCCUCGAUGUUCCUAUUGGAGAUCGAGGAGUGUGCUUGGUCGAGUGCUUGGGGCUUGGUCAGGGGUGACAUCUCUCUGUGGCUGGGUUGGACCAUGUCCACCUGUUGUCGUGGAUCACCCCAUGUCAAAGAAGAAGUCAUCGGCUUGUAUGAUGGUUGAUGCUAAGCCCGUUGAUCUCCUCAAAUCUUCUGGCAUCGCUUCAAGGGAUCCUGACUACCACUUGGCACGCUGGCGGCCCAGCCCUGAUGAGGAUCUAUGGACCUAUUCUGAUGGCAUGACCAACGACAAGCAAUGGGUGACAAUACCUCAUCCUCGCAUCCAAGACUUGAGACCAGUUGCCGUCAAGGCUAUCAGACUCAAACAGAUCCACCCCCACCUCCCUGCCAACGAGAGAAACGUCGAAUACAGGGCCAGCAUCGACUUUAGCUUCGUCAUCAGAAAGUUAGUGCCGUUGACCAAGGUCGUCACAUAUACCCUCUUCACAAACCCAAUCUUUGUAUCCCUACCACCUUGUCACGGAGGGAAGAGCGGUGGACACGAAGUACAUGCCCGAGAAGUGCAGAAGAACCAGACUGUUGUGAUACCCGUCCACCAGAUGAAGGAUUUUGAUGGCAACAACAAGGAUGGACGCUUGAUAGUUAUCAACGCUGCUUGCAACGGGGGCGAGAUCAUGGCAAGAGCUUGGUGCGCAGAAAAAGGGAGGAAUGCUGUUGUGAGAAGGGGCGGAGGGCCUUGUUACGCCUGCGCAACUCGUGUGGCUUCAAAGGGGGGAUUCGACUUUGGUGUGCUAAUUUGGGUGUCACAUAUGGAUGUUUAA